GACAAAUAAUAAAAUAAACUACCUGUCAUGGAGAAUAAAUUUUAUAUUUGGCUGCUGGUUUUUGUUGUGAUGGUCACCGCUGCAAGUGGCUGUGAUAAUUGUGUGUGUACAGAACCAAGAGGCACAAUAGAAUUCAACGCAAAAUGUCAAAAUUACACAGUUAAGCUCAACAGUACCAAUGGUGUUGCAUUUUAUGUUCAGAAUCUGGAGCUGAUAAAUGGAGAUUACUUAGAGAUCUGGGACAAUUCAACUAGUAGUCUUAAAUUUACAAAGAGUGUUGACUCCCAAGUUGUCAUUGGCUUCAGUAACAAUAUUACCUUGAAGACCAAAAAAGAUUUUAAGUUAAAUUACAACACAGACUGCCAAAUUACUGUUCAGGAUACAUGGGAACAUCAAAUCAACUCACCACUGUAUUUAAUUUCAAACAAUUCAGGAAAAGUCAUUAAUUGCAAAUACACUGUACAGUGUGACCUGCCUGUUGAUAGAACAGCUGCUGCUUCCUUUCAAUCACUUUUAUUAAAAGAUAACAGCACCUUGAUAGUGGAAACUGAUGGCCAUAACAACACAUUUGAUGCCAGCAGCAAGCCUGAAGAUUUUUUCCCAGGAACCACAAACUUCAAUUUGACCUGGAAAGUGAAUGCAAAUAGGACCCAGCAGUUCUCUCUCUUGAUGGAGCCAGUACUUUCAGCGUGUUCCGGAUCUUUUAAUAAUGACAGUUAUCUAGUGAACCUAACCAUUCAGCCUGCCCUCUCCUCUGUGUGCCGCUGGAAGUUUGAAUCCACCAAAACCAAAGUUGUUGUUAGUGUGAAGAACCUGACCAUCUCAAAUGGCAAUGAUCUCUUGUCAUUCUUUGAUGGGGGAGACAGCUACAGUCCUGCCAAAAACAGUUUGUCCAGCUUUAGUGAUGGUUACCUGUUCUUGCCAUCUGAUACUAAAACCAUAGUACAAUUGACCCUUGGAAACACAGCAUUCACCAGGACCAUCGAGUUCUCUGUUCAAUCUACUGAUGUUGGUGGUCCACUGAGUGGUGCAGGAAGUCUGCUAAUCAAUAAAGGCCAAGCUAGUGAGGUUGUCUACUACCAGCUGUCAGCAGAGCCAGGAAAAGUGUUGAAGGUCAGUGUCGACCCCAAGAAUGUGUUCAGCUCCACUGUGGUCACCUUCUAUAAUGGCCUGCAGACCUCUGAUGGCAUUGUGUAUCAGUACAAAGUUGGGAGCCUGCUGACUGAUGUGAUUGGUGGAGCUCAGAUGUUGGUGGCUGUCCAGAAUGUGGCCAGCAAUGAAACGUUCAACGCCACUUUUGCAAGCAUCCCUAAGGGCUGUGAUGAGCUGGCUACCGCAGACAGUGGCAGUUGGAACAUUCAGACGACCACCUCUAAUUGCACUUACACAAUUUUUCCCUACACUAGCAAUGGUACAUUAAUUGUUACCCUGGAUGCUGUCACUGUGACUGGCCCACCACUGGUCAUCUAUGAUGGACUUGUUGCAGGGAGCAAAGUUCUGGCACAGUUCUCUACUAGCCAGACCACAGCCAUUCAGAUCUUUGGGUCAGCUAAUGAAGCUAAGAAAGGCAUCAGGGUUUUUGUCCCGACAAAGAAUAGUGUCUCCCUGCGCUAUACAGUUUCACCUGCAGGUGUGUGUGGUGGAGCCCUGGGGACCAAGGGUACCAUCUUGACCCCCAACUACCCCAGCGUGUACCCUCUGAAUGCCCGGUGUCAGUGGACUGUCCCAGCCAAGUCUCCACAGUUAUUGUACCUGAACUUUGAUAAAUUAGAUCUGGCCAAGGACCACUCAAUCACAGUGUUGAAUGACACCACACCCCUUCAAGUUUUUGAAUGUCCAGUUAAUCAGCCCUGCCUCCCAGCAGACUACAUUGUUGAAGCAGACGCAAACAUAUCUGUUGUCUUCCAGUCCAACAACACUGCUACACUCACAGACAGUCAGACAGCAAAUGGAGCCAACAUAACUUAUCUUCUGCUAGAGUGUGGUGGUAACCUGCGCAAAGAAGGCAGCUUCAACAGUACUGUUGUCAACAAACUAUGUGUCUGGUCCAUCAGUGUCAGGAAUGGUACUGAGAAAAAUGUGGUCAAGUUCACCAUCAGCACAAACAACACAGAUGAACUGCAGAAGUCUUUGAGUAUCCAUGAUGGUGAUUCUGUACGCAGCCCACCCAUCAAGCCGAUCAAUGGUUCUGCCCAGCUGUCCAGUGCUGAUGUCAUUCUGGUUAAACUGGACACUGCCACAGGCUUCAACUUCACUUUCACCUUCUCCACUGAAUCUUCAAACUCCACUACCAUUGCACCACCAACAACAACAUCAACAACAACUAGCCCAACUACCACCAAGAAGCCAGAUACAGGAGACAUUUAUUCUGGAUGGGUGAAGUCAGGUUGGGUCCCUGCUUGCCUGUUUAUUGGGAUCCUCAUCGGACUGGUUCUGUACUUUGUGGUGCCCCGGAUCUACCGCCGUGUGCGUGGCAGAAGCAGCAACUACAGCAGGAUGGGAGAUGACAGGUUUGCCUAUUCUGGUAAUAUUGAAGAUUGACAAUGGAAAUAAAGAUACAUCAGCUUAUAGAACUGUUGGUAGUGGGCAGAGGAAAGCAUUUUACUAUUAUAAAAUAUAUAUAUAUUUUUUUUACAAUUCGUAGCAUUAAUUUUUCAUCAAAUUUUGUACACAUAUUUUGCUAAAGUAAAUCAGAUAAUUUUUAUGUACUUGUAUAUUGUUCCAACACUCCAAAAUUUUUUUUUGUAUUGAAUAAAUCUGUAUAAAAUAUUCAUUUGAUUAGUUAAAAGAUCUAUAUUAAAAAGAUUUUAUUUUUUUAAAGAAUUAGGAAGACCAAAUUAUAUUAUGCUUUUACCAUUAUUGAAAGAUAAGAAUCCUUUAUUUCAAGAAAAAUAUUUUCAAUAUUAGUUUAAAAAAGCUAAUGUUGAAUUUUGUUUAUAUUUUUCUCAAGCUAUUAAUCACUAUAUACCCCAUGUUCCUUGUUUUGUGUAAACACAAAUGUAUGCUCACUUAUGUUCUUGUUGACUAAUUGUCUGUGUUAAAUUUACUGGUGUAGUGCAACUUGUAUUACCAUCAUGCUGAGUGUAAAAGAAUUAAAUGUAAUUGUCAAAACAAGCCCAUUUUACAUAGUGGGACAAUUGUUUUAUUUAAGUUUUGAUUGAAUUGAAAACUUAACUACCCCAAAGAUUACUGAUAUUCAAGAUCUGCUUUUACAUCCUUUUUAUACUUAAAAAACUGAUUAGGGAAUGAUUUUUAAUUUUAGUCUGGAAAAAAAAAACAUGCUUACUUUUACUCUUUUUUUUAAAAGGAAAGUCAAUUUGUGACAUAACAUUUUCAGUGUAAUUUUUGUCUUUUAUACAAUCAAAUGUUACAAGUUAUGCUGGAUGCUUGUUUACAUAAAGUUGUAUCAAGAUUUAUGAAUCAUUUACAAGUCUGUAUAAUUGAAAGCUGUUAUUUUUAAGUUUGGAAAGGCUUGACAAAUUCUGCUAAAUAUUUUUUAUUCAACAUGUUUUUCCUAAUUCUGGUUAAAAGGUGCUUUAAGGAAAAAUGAAUUUUGCUGCCCUUAUAACUGUUUUUGCUUGAAAAUGAUUCCAGUGAUGAAGACCUGGGUAGUUUAGUCCUUAAUGAGUAGACAUGAAAGUUAAGGAACAUUGAGAUUAUUCAUAGUUUUCAUGUACAGAUAUGUUUCAAGUUAGAGUAUUUUAUAUCAGCAUAACAAGAUUGCUUGUCUUGAUUCAUAUUUGUGUUGGAAUUUUUUCAUUACAAUUUAAAAAAAAAUUCUCAUGUUUGUUUUCA